CCUCUCUUCAUUGAUGUCGAGACGCAUUGAUAAUUUGGCGCCAGUGGAUGCGCUAAAGCCCUCCCCACUGCACGCCGGAACUGCCUUCCGUUGGGUUACCGGCAUCGCCAAAUCAGGAAGGUGGUUCCGGCAUGGAUAUCUUGGAACCCCUCCGACAUUCUAUCCACAGAGUUAGGGCUUCACCAUUGACCAGAACAUCAUUAACAGUGUAGUAUAGACUUGAAGUGUAGUUGGGAGGGAAGGCAGUCCCGUCUCGUCAUGAAAUAAAAUGCUCUCAAAACUCACUCACAAGUCCAACAACACCCCCUCAUUCCAUCCUUACGUUCUUCUUCCUAGCUAUACCAAGCAAUCACCACUACAUCCAACAUGACUAUCACACAGCAAUCCCCCGCCCUCCACGGCAUUAUGGUCGCUCUGAUCACUCCCUUCACAGACGACAAGACCCAGAUCGACGCAGCAAGACUAAAAUCCCACAUCGAUCACCUGAUCGGCGCCGGCGUGCAUGGCCUCGUGCCCGGCGGUAGCACGGGCGAAUUCACCACCAUGACACGCGAGGAACGCAAGAAGUUGACCGAACUCUGCGUCGAGUACGCAGCUGGCCGUGUGCCCGUCGUAGCAGGCACCGGCAGUACCUCCACCGAGGAGGCAGUGGACCUGGCACGUCAUGCCGCACAAGCUGGUGCAGCCGCCGUGAUGGUUGUGCCACCAUUCUACGACCCCUUGAACGUGGAGCAAUUAACCGAGCUCAUGGCUGAGAUUCAUGAAGCCAGUCAGCUGCCGAUUGUCUACUACAAUAUUCCCUCUGCCAGCGGGUUGACCCUCACUCCCCAGCAAAUAGCGGACCUGAGCAAGGUCGGCGUCAAGUACCUCAAAGACACCUCCGGAAAUGCGCCGGCAUACACGGAAUUGGUGUUUGGAUUGUCGGAUCAGAUCACCGCUUUUAACGGGUGGGAUACCCUUACGUUCUAUGGGUUGGCAGCUGGAUCGCCUGGAGCGGUUUGGGGUGCUGCCAACAUCAUUCCGGAGUUGGCGGUAGAGCUGUGGAAUGCAGUUGCCGUCGAAGGAGAUCUCAAGAAGGGCCGUGAACUAUGGGCUAAGGCAUGGCCCAUUUGCAAGUUCCUUGAGUCGCACAAUUACGCUGCGGCUGUGAAGACAGGCGUUGAGCUGAGGGGCCAGGCGACUGGUGGCUUGCGGAAGCCAUUCGCCCUCUUGAAGGAGGAUCUGCAGAGCGAACUCGCCCAGUUGAUGGUGAAUGCGAAUGUUAAUGUUGUAAAGCGUUCGUCAUGA